UGACCUCGUUGGCGUGUCCCGUGACCAGCUCACGUGAAUUUUGACAAAUUCAAACGUUUUUUUUUUUGGUGGCGAAGAAAUGGACAUUUUGGGGCAGCAUAUCGAGUCGCAGGAUGCAAGGUCUCCUCAAGGUCAUCAUGUAGUGCCACAGUACGCAUUUAACGAGCCGUGCUAGGAUCGACACACAGUAAUCAUCCGAAGUAAUACACCUAGUGCAGCGACUCCCAGCCGAGAUCAGUAACCUCGACAAUGCGUCUGAACACCUUAUCUGUUUUGCAGCGCCGUGAAGGACGACAGUGGAACGGGGAUUGUUAUAGAGGAAGCAGAAUUCGUGGAUUGCGAAGAACCUGUUGGAGAAGAUGAUAUGCGUUACCAAGAAACCCUAGCUUACAGAGUUGUUCAAGUGAACAGCACUGCCUUACAAUCAGCCAAUGAAAUAGAACUACCUGUAUCACAACCAGGAAACAACACCGUACAAGUACUAACAUCACCUUUGAAUGGACAGUUUUAUAUUGUUGGAAAUGCCAACGAUGUUUUUACUACAGCGCAGACAUCUAGAUCUUUAGUACCAAGAGCAACAACAUUACAAAUAGAAACAUCAAGAAAUUGUACCACUGGAUUGAAAAAGAGGGAUGAUAGACGAAGAGCAACACACAACGAAGUCGAGCGUCGACGUAGAGAUAAAAUAAACAAUUGGAUUGCGAAAUUGGGUAAGAUUAUACCCGAGUGCAAUGCAAGCACGACUAUUGGAAUCAGCAGUAGUGGAGAGGCAAAAACCAAUUAUGAGACUCUGAGUAAAGGAGGCAUCUUAGCGAAGGCUUGCGAGUACAUAGGUGAGCUGCGCGCAACCAAUCAAAACCUGAACCAGUGUCUGCAGGAGAACGAGAAGCUGCGUCAGGAUAUCACGGCAUUGAAGCAGUUAAUAACCCAAUUAAAACACGAAAAUCAUCAACUCAGAUCGCAAAUAACAACUUCUACCGGUAACUCCGUUGAAGUUGUACAUUUGAGUCCUUAAGCUUCUUCUAAUUCGUGAGCCGACGGUUCUUUCUGUAAAUACUAGGACUUAUGAGUUGUUUCUUCUUGCACGGAAUACGUACACUCGACAUCGUGUACGUUUACAUAUGAAGUUGGAAAAUGCGAAUGUUAAAGCGGAUGUUAAAGUGAGAAAGUAUACGCAACACCAAUUGUACGUAGGUGUGAAUAUCUGGGCACGGCGCUUGGCUUGAAAGCCAAGUUUCUCGUGCCCAAAUUUCGAAUAUGAAAGCGUAUGUGGUGCCGAGUUUAUCUAAGUUUCUGUUCUCUUCACCAACGACUGCACUAGAUUUAGCAAAAUUACAAUAUUUCAAUUCGAUAUCCAAUAUCAAAUUGGGUACUUCUAGUAAUACAGUCAUAACUGCACAUACACAAUCUUACAUCGACAUUUUAUUUUUUACACACACUGUUCUAUUAACUCACUAAAUGAUACCAAAAGCGUCAAAUCGGAAAGAAAUAAAGCUUAUAAUUUCUGUAACACAACAAAAUGUAUUCUUCAAGAAAAAUAACUUCGUAUUGUUACACAAUCACUUAUUUGUUAUAUAAGGUACAAAAUAAGACAAAGUUAUAAUAUCUAAGGAAAUUAUAAUAUAUUUGUUCAGCGUAUAUGCGUUUAUAUACCUUUUCAGCAAUCCUCUUUUUGAGAUAAAAAAUAUAUCCCAAAAAGAGGAAUAUUGAUAUCAAUUAUAUAAAAG